GUGGUAGAUAAAAGGUACAAGUAAGAUGCACUUUCCUCCUUUUAUGGUUUGUUUCUAUUUUCUAAUUGAAGAUAAUUACAAUGUUGGUCGAAAAUGCUGUGGUGUCCGAUUUGUUUACUGGCAUUAUUAUUGCCGAAGUAAUAUUUGCGUUGCUUCAACUUUGGCAAGAAACGACAGAACAAGGCCUCAACCAGGUGAGUCACAUCCGAAAACAUGUUUGGUUGCAUGAAAAUAGUUGUUUUGAGAUCGGAGAUGCUUUUGUUUUGUUUUUGGUUUCCAUUGUUGUUCGUUGGAGGAAGGCAAGGAAGAUGAGUUGCGAAGGAUUGGAAAGGGCUGCCGACGGUGGUGGUUAAGAGCAGAUGCAGAUCUGUUUUGCUAUUGCUGCUCUGUUCGUGUUGCUGUUGUUCGGUGGAGGAAGGCAAGGAAGAUGAGCUGCGAAGGUUGUCUAAGGGGCUGCCGACAGUGGUGGUUGAGA